CAUUUCCGCUUCUCCCCUCCACUGGUUCCGAUCUCGCCCAUGGUGUAUGUCCUCAAGCGCUGAACUGGCUCCUAAAAUGUGUACUCGUGGUUUCCGCCUGGGAACCAAGCUCUGUCGCCUGUGGUCCACCCUCCCCGGCCUCAGGUGGCUGCUGGGGCUGGGGCUGCUCCCGGUGCUUAAGACCGCCCGCUGCGCGGCUUUUUAUCUUCCCGGGUUGGCUCCGGUCAACUUCUGCGAGGCAGACCGAGACUGCUACCUGCAAGGGUCUCAAUCGCUGAGCCUCGCACUUGGCGGAUCCGGACCUCUCUUUUUCCCUGAUCCUCUUUCCCUCCCUCUUGGCUCCUCCCCCAUCGUCUCUUCUCCUUCAUCAGUAGCACUAUUUGUAAAUAGACUGGACUCAGUGGACUCUGUGCUACCUUAUGAGUAUAAUACCUUUGACUUCUGUCAGGACUCCAGAAAGAAAAGCCCUUCUGAAAAUCUUGGACAAGUACUGUUUGGAGAACGAAUAACAUCAUCUCCUUAUGAGUUUGCAAAUAGUUUCUCCCAGUCUGUGGCUUCUGUAAAAGUUUGUGUAAAAUCUUAUGAUACAGCAAAUGAAAAUCAAAAGAAAUCUGAAUUCAACAAAAGUAAUACUUUCUACCUCUUCAACCAUGUCGAUAUUACCAUUACAUAUCACGGGGAAAGUGAAACAAAUUGGGGUAUUGUAAGAUUGGUUACUGCUAGACUUGAUCCCAAAAGCUAUAAACAUUCAGAUGAAAACCACCUAACUUGUAAUGGACCCCCUAUGGAAAUUCCUGGAGAAUAUACAGAUAAGUUGAAUGUAACCUACACUUACUCUGUGAAAUUUGAAGAAAACAAACAUAUCAAGUGGGGUUCUAGAUGGGAUUAUAUUUUGGAGUGCAUGUCUCAUACCAGCAUUCAGUGGUUUAGUAUUAUGAAUUCCAUUGUUAUUGCUGUCUUCUUAUCUGGAAUGGUGGCUAUGAUCAUAUUAAGGACUCUCCAUAAAGAUACUAUCAGAUAUAAUCAGAUGAAUGGCCAGAAGGAGUUUGGUUGGAAGCUGGUUCAUGGGGAUGUAUUCAGACCUCCAAGGAGUGGAAUGUUGCUGUCAGUUUUCCUGGGUCGAACACAAGUUUUGAUUAUGACAUUUAUUACUUUAUUUCUGGCCUGUCUUGGUUUCCUUUCCCCUGCCAAUCGAGGUGCUUUAAUGACCAGUGCUAUUCUGUUAUGGGUCCUUCUGGGAACCUCUGCUGGAUACGUAUCUGCUAAGAUGUAUAUGACAUUUAGAGGUAUUAAGUGGAAGACAAAUUUUUUGCUGACGGCACUACUGUGUCCUGGUAUCGUCUUUGCUGACCUCUUCAUCAUGAAUCUAAUUCUUUGGGUGGAAGGGUCAUCAGCUGCCAUCUCCUUUGGAACCCUGAUAGGUAUCCUCACAAUGUCGUUUGGAAUUUCAGUACCACUAACAUUUUUGGGUGCAUACAUUGGAAGCAAGAAAAAGUUUAGGUAUCCAGUUCGCACAAACCAGAUUCCCUGUCAGAUUCCUCAACAGACUUUCAUUAGAAAACCACUUUUUGGCCUCAUCAUCAGUGACAUUUUACCUUUUGGCUGUAUUUUUAUUCAACUCUUUUGCAUUCUAAACAGUAUUUGGUCUCAUCAGAUGUACUUCAUGUUUGGCUUCCUUUUCUUACUCUUUAUAAUUCUCCUGAUUACUUGUUCAGAAGCUGCCGUUUUGCUGUGUUAUUUUCAUUUGUGUACUGAGGAUUAUCAUUGGUGGUGGAGAGGCUUUUUUACCAGCAGUUUUACAGCUGUUUACCUUUUUUUAUAUGCAGUUUAUUACUUCUUUACCAAACUUCAAAUCACGGGCAUUGCAAACACCAUUUUGUACUUUGGGUACACGAUGAUCAUGGUCUUGAUUUUCUUCCUUUUCACAGACCCUGCGCUAGGUGCUGGGGACAUAGCGGUGAAGAAGACAGGUAAGGUCCCCUGCUUUUGUGGAUCUUAUAUUUUAAUGGAUGGAAGACAAAGAAGGAAUUAUGGGUUUGAAGAGCUUUGUGAAAGAAAUGAUAUUGAAGAAGAGGUGGAUAAUCAAGUGUUUCAAACAGAGGUGACAGCGUGUUCAAAAGUCCUAAAGUGA